UGCCGGACGGUUGUUGUCGAUUGUCGAUGUACCGAUUUUUUACCAUUACCAUGCAUUUAUACUUCCAAGUGUUUAGCUGACCGAGAGAGGUUUCAGUUAACUUUUUUUUUAUACCGCUUCCGUUACACCCUUGCGAUUUGUAGAAGGAGAAACAGAGAGAGAGAAAGAGAAGGAAAGAGAGAAAGAGGAAGAGAGAGAGAGAUAGAGAGACAACGAUACGCGCUAAUCCAACUGCUCGUAGUAACUCCACGCGCACACGCGAUAGGUUUGACGGGUAAUUAAUGCUAAGGUGUAGUUGAGUUCAGGCCGAAUUUGCUUCGCGACAUUGCUCCACUCUGCGACUGUACGGCCAUCGUCAGACUCGUCCCCCACCCCUCCAGCCGGGGUCACACAGAAGACGGGGCCGUCAAACGUUAGCUUCCAGGGUACGGUGCGACACCGCACCAUCCCAUUAGUGUAGUGAGCGAGCAGGCCUACGGCAGCAGCAGCAACAGCGUUCAAGUCUGCCGUGGAGAUGUCGGCGCUUAGCAAGUACUUCGAUCAGGCGCUCACGGGUGCUACCUGCCGGGAGAUACUGCAUCCGGGCGUCGACUGUGGCCAGUUCGCGUGGCGUAACCUGCUCGGUACGGUCCGGUCGAACGUACACUUCUUCCUGCCGAUCUCGGUGCUCCGGCUGCUGUUGCUCAUCUACCAUCGACGGGCCGCUUCGCUAGCGAGCGUCGAGCAGACGACGCGUGAGUUCGCCGCCAUGAUGCUGAACGCGCUGUGCGUCGCCAACUGCUGGACCGGUGCGUUCUGUCUGAUGAUGCGCACGACGGGCCGGAUCCAUGACAACUUCUCCGUCUCGCUGGCACCGCUGCUCGGGUCCUGUGCCAUGUUUCUGAUGCCCGCAUACGUGCAGACGACCCACGCGAAGGCCAUCUUCGUGGCGAAUCUCGAGUGCUGGAUCAAGUCGCGCGAAAGCAAAGUGAUCGAGUGGAUGCGCGAGUCUCGGGUCAUGGGGACGGUCUGCUUUAUGCUGCUCAGUGCUGGCAUUGCACGGUACGCACGCAAAACGCGCCACCGGACGGAGUUUUGGUUCAUCCAGCCAAUUAGACGGAACCACAGCGACGCGACGGCCGAGCAGAAGCUUAACGGGGACGAACAUCCGUGCCGACGGGUUUGCUUCCAUCAGGAGCCUACCUGCGCACGUUACGUACUGAGCGGCAUGCGCACGUACUUCACCUUUGGCGCGAUUCUAGAGCUGGCAAGACGGCUGAUAGUGACGGUAGGCCAGUGGCAGCAGACUCCAGCGGAAAGGAUACGCUCGCUACUUCGUCUGCGCUACCGGUUGAUACUGUUCUUGACGCUGUACAACGGAACUUUUCGGCUGGUAUCGUGUCUGCUGGCAAGGCACCGACAGCAGGUGAAGGAGUAUGAUAGCACCGUGGCCGGUUUCGCCAGUGGCUGCUGGUACGGCGUGUAUCCGAGUUACAACAUCUUCAACCUAGCUGUCUGUGCACUUACGCAGACACACUGGAACUUUUUGGCGGAGAAGUACGCCAAGGUUGCGCUGGUACAACGACUUGAUCGUAUCUCCUUUUCCUCGCUCGUGUGGAUCGCCUCCAUGUGCUACGUUACGUACUCCCGUGCCUAUUACCCAUGGGCCAUGUCCAAAUUCGCCCACAAGUUUAUCGACAUAUGCUCGAAUUAUGCCUCUCGAACUGCAUCAGAAAACUUUGCUGCCCGAUAUCUUGCCCCACAUUGAGUCGCCGACGACGCAUUGGUUCCUACCAUGUUCUUAUCCCCAUCUCCCUAUUCUCAACUGUUCUACGUAGUUUUCUAUAUAAGUGUUAAUAUUACAUCAAUGGUUUAAAGCUAGCUGUGCUAAGGAAGGGAAGGUUUUACUAUUCGUUGUUAUGAAGCCUCCGUAAUGCGAGUGAUAUUGUUUGCUAA